CCCCAGUUUCUCAACACAACCUCAAUCUCUUUUAUUCCCAAUAACUCAUGCAAAAUUUAGUACCCUCCAGGAACAUUAACACAUCAAUGCGUAGCACAUAAUCCAUCGAGGGUACAACCGUCAACACCAUUAUUCUUAUUCUCCCUAGCUAAUUAAGGUAAUAUAAUUUUUAUUUGCUCAAUCAUAAGCACGACUUUGGAAGAGGGAUAGUUGGGUGGAAUUCAGAAGAGAAAUGGAGAUUCAAGAAAACCAUGAAUCAUGGUCGGAGACAGAGAGCACGGGAAGCAGAAGCACGAGAGUGGGCUUCAGUGGGCCUAUGAGUGGCCCAUUAGUGUCCAACAAAAGGAACAGCAGCAAGAAGAGCGCCAGAUUCAAGGACGAGGAGGACUUCGUCGAGAUAACGUUGGACGUGCGUGAUGACACGGUGUCCGUCCAAAACAUUCGGGGCGGUGACUCCGAAACGGCGUUGUUGGCCAGUCGUUUGGAGAAACGUCCUUCGUCGCUCUCGGUGCGCCUGAGACAGGUGUCGCAGGAACUGAAACGCAUGACGUCGUCGAAGAAGUUCGAUAGGGUCGAUAGGACCAAGUCCGGUGCUGCUCGUGCCCUCCGAGGCCUCAAGUUCAUGACCAAAAACGUUGGAACUGAAGGUUGGUCCCAGGUGGAUAAGCGCUUUGAUGAGUUGGCCGUUGAGGGAAAGUUGCCCAAAACGCGCUUCAGCCAGUGCAUAGGCAUGCACGAGUCCAAAGAAUUUGCAGGCGAAUUAUUUGAUGCAUUAUCUCGUCGUCGUGGCAUAACAUCAGCUUCCAUAACCAAGGAUCAGCUACGCGAAUUUUGGGAACAAAUUACGGAUCAGAGCUUUGAUUCAAGGCUUCAGACAUUCUUUGAUAUGGUGGACAAGGAUGCCGACGGAAGAAUUACCCAAGAAGAAGUUAAAGAGAUUAUCGCCUUAAGCGCUUCCGCUAAUAAGCUAUCAAAAAUACAAGAACGUGCAGAGGAAUACGCGGCCCUUAUCAUGGAGGAGUUGGAUCCGGAUAACCUUGGAUUCAUUGAGUUGUAUAACUUGGAAAUGCUUCUUCUACAAGCCCCAGCACAAUCAACCCAUAUAACCACGGAUAGUCGAGUCCUUAGCCAAAUGCUAAGCCAGAAACUAGUCCCAACCAAAGAGUACAACCCUAUAAAGCGGGGCUUUCGGGCACUAAACUACUUCAUUGAGGACAAUUGGAAACGAAUUUGGGUUAUUGCCCUUUGGCUUUCAAUUUGUGCUGCCCUCUUCACUUGGAAGUUCAUCCAAUACAAGCACCGUGCUGUGUUCCACGUCAUGGGCUAUUGUGUCACAUCAGCCAAGGGUGCUGCUGAGACGCUCAAGUUCAACAUGGCUUUGAUUUUGUUACCUGUAUGUAGAAAUACCAUCACUUGGCUCAGAAGUAAGACCAAGUUAGGAAUGGCUGUUCCUUUUGAUGACAAUAUCAACUUUCACAAGGUGAUUGCUUUUGGCAUUGCAAUUGGAGUUGGGAUACAUGCUAUUGCGCAUUUAACCUGCGACUUUCCAAGGUUGUUACACGCAACCGACGAGGAAUAUGAGCCCAUGAAGCCAUUUUUUGGUGAUAAGAGGCCCAACAAUUAUUGGUGGUUUGUGAAAGGGACUGAGGGUUGGACUGGAGUAACCAUUGUGGUGCUUAUGGCUAUAGCUUACAUUUUAGCUCAACCUUGGUUCCGAAGAAACAGACUUAAGCUCCCUAAGCCUCUCAAAAAGCUCACUGGUUUCAAUGCAUUUUGGUACUCUCACCAUCUUUUUGUCAUCGUUUAUGCCCUUUUCAUCGUUCAUGGAUACUACCUAUUCCUCUCCAAGAAAUGGUACAAGAAAACGACUUGGAUGUAUCUUGCCAUUCCUAUGAUACUAUACGCAUGUGAGCGACUACUUCGUGCUUUUAGGUCUGGCUACAAAAGUGUCAAGAUUUUGAAGGUUGCAGUGUACCCAGGAAAUGUCCUAGCAUUGCAUAUGUCUAAACCACAAGGAUUUAAGUACUCUAGUGGACAAUAUAUUUUUGUUAACUGCUCAGAUGUAUCCCCAUUUCAAUGGCAUCCUUUCUCUAUUACAUCAGCCCCGGGAGAUGACUACGUAAGUGUUCACAUUCGGACUUUGGGUGAUUGGACUUCACAAUUAAAGGCUGUUUUUGCCAAGGCAUGUCAACCAGCAAGUGGUGACCAAAGUGGCCUUCUCCGAGCUGAUAUGUUACAAGGCAACAACAUACCAAGGAUGCCUAAGCUCUUGAUUGAUGGCCCUUAUGGAGCUCCAGCGCAAGAUUACAAAAACUACGAAGUAAUCCUUCUCGUGGGCCUAGGAAUUGGUGCCACCCCUUUGAUUAGUAUACUCAAAGAUGUACUAAACAACAUGAGACAACAGAAAGACAUAGAACAAGGAAUGGUAGAGAGUGGAGUUAAGAACAACAAGAGAAAACCUUUCGCUACCAAUAGAGCCUAUUUCUAUUGGGUUACUCGCGAGCAAGGUUCCUUUGAAUGGUUUAAGGGUGUGAUGGAUGAUGUUGCUGAGUAUGACAAGGAUGGAAUAAUCGAACUUCAUAACUAUUGCACAAGUGUGUAUGAGGAAGGAGAUGCUCGAUCAGCGUUGAUUACAAUGCUUCAGUCCCUCCACCAUGCCAAAAAUGGUGUGGAUAUAGUUUCAGGCACAAGAGUCAAGACACAUUUUGCUAGACCUAAUUGGCGUAGUGUCUUUAAACAUGCUGCCCUCAAACACCCUGGCAAAAGAGUUGGUGUUUUUUAUUGUGGGGCACACGGAUUGGUUGGAGAACUUAAAAGGCUUUCUCUCGACUUUUCUAGGAAAACCAAUACCAAGUUUGAUUUUCAUAAAGAAAACUUUUAAAUUCUUUUAUGAUAGUUCAUUAUUUUUUGCACUAGAGCCAGGUAGAUAAGCAGCACAGUUGUAUUAGAUUCAUGGAGUUGUAUACAUGUAUAAAAAAAUUUCAUUCACUUUAAUGUAAAGUGAAGUGAUAAUGUUGUUAACUAUCAUACCAUCACAGAAAUCCUCAAAUGAUUAUUUCAUUCCCACCCAACUUCACUCUUCGAUUUCUUCUCUUCUCUUCUCUUAUUUGCGCACGUAAGUUUUUAUUUAUUUAUUUUAACAAAAUAUUCAUCAGUGGCGUUUGUAUUGGCAACUUUUGUGGACAAUAUCAAAGUGUAGAAGUAGGUCAAAAAAAUAUUAUUAUGAUUUGAUUAAAUAUAGUAAAAGUGGUUUUU